AUGGAAUUUUCUACAUAUGCUGGGUUAAGUUCUGAACGUCUUGCAUGCCUUCGAAAUCUUGAUAUUCGAAGAAAACAUGUAUAUAAUGGAUCAAACUUUUCUUAUGGGAACAACAUUUAUGAAAUUUUACAUAACUCUUGUACUGAGGAAUUAAAAAAUGAAAAAGACCCUAAUUGGCAUAUUCAAAAUGACAAUAAAUAUGUGCCCAAAAAUAUGAACUAUGCAGGUUUACAGUCAGAAAUUAAAAAUAGCAUAAAUGUACGAAAUAGAAGAAUUAAAAAUGAUUUGAACAAUCACGGAGGGGAAAGUAUAAAAGAUACUAUACAGCACAAUGUAAAAGAAGGAGAGUUAAAUAAUCCGAAGCAUUUCCUUUCAGACAAAGGUUAUGUAUUAACACCAAAACGAUGUCUAGCUAGACAUGUAUAUGAUAGCGAAAUAGAUAAAUAUUUUUCAACAAAAUAUGCUGUAACUGAUAAGUCAAGUGGAAGAACAGAAAUUAUGGUUGAAAGAAAACCGGGAUGUUCUAACAUUAUUGUUCAGAAUUUCUCCGAGUUUGAUGCAUAUGCUACGUAUAAAAAACAGGAUGAGAGGAAAAAAAAAGGACGAGACUCCUUUGUUCAUACGAAAAUGGGUAUUGUGCCAAAAGACGGAUCACCCCAGGAUGAUAAACAGUCCAAAGCACAUGCUUUGUUUAGUGAUGUACACCGAAGUGAUAACAUAGCACCUGAAAAUUACUGGCUUUGUCCUACCAUUGACAGCGAGAAAAAAAAAGCAAAAAAAAAAAAAUCUGUAAUAUUAGUCUAG